AUGAUCCUGAGCUGUCUUGGCUUGUUCAGAUUUGCAUUUCUUGCCAUUGUGAUACAGACGGCUAUUUUUCUCCUCUUUUUCAAGGACACUUUUCAGAAGAGGGACGUAUUUAUUGCAUUUGAUGCCUCAUGGCUGUUUGUUAAUACUGCUGACCUUUGGUUUGCCACUUGGCUCAGUGCUUUGUACUGUGUAAAAAUUACAAACUUCUCCCACCCUCUCUUCCUGCAAAUGAAGCGGAGAUUCCCUGGGCUGGUGCCUUGGCUGCUUCUGGGGACAGUGGUCUUCUCUGCAAUUGUCACCACUGUCACAAUAACAGGCAGUACUGUCAUAUCUAAAUGUAGAUUAUUUGAAUCACAUCUAAGCAAUAACAGUAAUUCGGGAAAUGUAAUGCCUGACUUCUGUAAGUAUCUCAUCCAUCUUUAUAUUGUUCCAGAUUUCUUUUCCUUUGUGGUAUUUUUGUCCUCAUCUGUCUUAGUGCUAACUUCUCUGUGGAGGCACAAAAAUCUUCUACGAAACAGCACAAGGGAUUUCAGCACAGACGUUCACCUGAAUGCCAUCAAAGCUCUGGCUUCUUUCUCCAUUCUCUAUGUAUCCAGUUUUUGUGUGGAGUUUUUGGGCAUAGUCCUGUCCUUUAUGGACAUUAAAGAUGACUGGGUAACAAUAAAUUUGUUUAAUGCGGUUGCUGCAUAUUCCUCUGGCCAUGCCGUUAUCUUGAUCUUCGUGAAUCCUAAACUGAAACAGGAAUCAAUCAAGAUGCUACAUCAACUGCAAUGCUGA